AUGGUGCGGUUCCUCCGGCGGCAUAGCCUUGACAAGAGCAACUCGCAGAGCCACCUGCGGCAGCAGCACGAGAGCGGCAGCGGCACAGACAGCAACGACACGGAGAUGGCCGAGCCCGCGGGCAAUGGCCGGGCGCCGCCUCGCUCCCGUCUCGCACGAGACGGGCCACCCUCGGAUUUGGACAUCAUGAAAGAGAAGUUCGCCAAGCUUCUGCUUGGAGAGGACAUGUCCGGCACCGGGAAAGGCGUGUCGUCCGCGCUGGCGCUGUCCAACGCCGUCACCAACCUGGCAGCGUCGGUCUUCGGCGAGCACCGCAAGCUGGAGCCCAUGGCGCCGGACACCAAGGAGCGGUGGAAGAAGGAGGUCGGCUGGCUGCUGUCCGUCUCCGACCACAUCGUCGAGUUCGUCCCGACGAGGCAGACCGCCGAGAACGGCACGACCAUGGAGAUCAUGUCGACGGCGCAGCGUCGCGACCUGCAAAUGAACAUCCCCGCACUGCGCAAGCUCGACAACAUGCUCAUCGGUUACAUGGACAACUUCGUGGACCAGACCGAGUUCUGGUACGAGAAGGGCGGCGACAACAAGCGCGACGACGACAAGUGGUGGAUGCCGACGGUGAAGGUACCGGCGGAGGGCCUGUCGGACGUGACGCGCAGGUGGCUGCAGUACCAGAAGGAGUGCGUGAACCAGGUGCUCAAGGCGGCCAUGGCCAUCAACGCGCAGGUGCUGGUGGAGAUGGAGGUCCCCGAGAUCUACAUCGAGUCGCUCCCCAAGAAGGGGAAGACCAGCCUGGGCGAUACCAUCUACCGGAACAUCACCGACGAGGAGUUCGACCCGGUGGAGUUCCUCGAAUCGGUGGACCUCUCGACGGAGCACAAGGUGCUGGACCUCAAGAACCGCAUCGAGGCGUCCACCAUCAUCUGGAAGCGCAAGAUGCAGACCAAGGACACCAAGUCCUCCUGGGGCUCCAUCAUCAGCUUCGAGAAGCGGGAGCAGUUCGAAGAGCGCGCCGAGACCAUCCUCCACCUCCUCAAGCUACAGUUCCCUGGAACGCCUCAGUCACAGCUCGACAUCUCCAAGAUCCAAUACAACAGGGACGUCGGCUACGCGCUCCUGGAGAGCUACUCGCGUGUGCUGGAGAGCCUGGCUUACAGCGUGAUGUCGAGGAUCGAGGACGUGCUGGGCGCGGACGCGGCGGCGACGAACCUGACGGCAAGCGAGGUGGCACGGCGGCAGAUGGAGAUGAACAUGCCGAGGAAGCUGGACGCCAGGGAGGAGAUGGAGAAGCUCAACGAGGCGCCGGCGUCUAUGACGCUCUACGACUUCAUGGGGUGGCACUUCGACCAGGACGAGCUGAUGAAGAAGAAGGAGGAGGGCACGCUGGACGAGGCCGGCGAGGCCAUGCUGCUCAAGAAGGCGCCAAGCCUGGCUCCAAAGAAAUUCUCCUACGUCGACAGCCUCGCCGGCGGCAUGAGGAGCCCCUCCGCGCGCCACUGA